AUGCACGCGUUUCCCGGAACUAAGUGGCUGCUGCUUUUGGUUUCAGUCGGUGUGGCGGCCGAAUAUUGCGACAAUGGCACGGGCGAGUGCAAGGAUUUGACUCCCACGGACUGUCCAGUGAUAUUCUACAACCAGCAUUUGAUAGGAUCUGAAGUCAAGUACUGCGACGAGUUCAAUGAUAUUGUCUGCUGCCCCAUACCGCUGGAUCAUCAGAACCUGAAACCUGUUGAGCAGACAAGGCCGUUUGAGAAGCAGUGCAAGCAGUACAACGAGGCCCGAGCCGCCUGUCGCUCUACGCCCUUCAUUGUGGGCGGCACAAAGGCGUCGGGUCGGGAGUUCCCCUUCAUGGCGCUGAUUGGCACACGUCGGAGCAAUAAGUCCGAGAGCAAUUGGGACUGUGGUGGUGCAGUGGUGCAUCCCAGAUUCGUGCUGACAGCAGCCCAUUGCCUGGAGACGGAUGAAUCUAAGUCCGAACGUUUAGACCCAAAUUUCGAUUCACCCAAGUUUGUAGUUCGACUGGGCGAACUGGACUAUAACAGCACCACUGACGAUGCCCAAGUGCAGGACUUUCGGGUGGUAAACUAUAUCGUGCACCCGGGCUAUGAUACAGAGGACGAAGAGCGCGGCUUUAAAAACGACAUUGCUCUGGUGGAACUGGAUAGGGAUGCUGCGUUUAACGAUCAUGUAGCGGCUGUCUGCCUGCCUCCCAGCAGCGGCAACGAGAACGAACAGGUGACAGCCGCCGGCUGGGGAUUCACCGCGGACGGAGUGAAGUCCUCUCACCUGCUGAAGGUCAGCCUGCAACGAUUCACCGACGAGGUGUGCCAGAAACGCCUGCGCUUCAGCAUCGAGACGCGUACCCAGUUUUGUGCAGGAUCAAUGACCAGCGAAAAGGACACCUGCAACGGCGACUCCGGCGGGCCUAUCUUCGUGCAGCAUCCGCUCUAUCCGUGUCUAAAGCAGGUGAUCGGAAUCGUAUCGUAUGGAUUGGUCUGUGGCUCUCAAGGUCUUCCGAGUGUUUACACCAAGGUUCACCUUUUCACGGACUGGAUCGAGAGCAUUGUGUGGGGCAACUGAAUUUAGCAGGAAUACAUUCUUUAUUUCACACUAAGAACUACUACUUUUCUGCGCUAAAUUUAAACUUAAAUUUGUUCCACCGAGAUAGUUAUCUUUGGAAGUAUUCUUUUUUAGCUAGAAUACAACUUAAAAAGAAUACAUAAUAAAGUAAUCAUUAAAUUUAAA